CAGUAUGGAACGCACGGUGAUAAAAGUAGUUCAACGAAAAUAAGUGCGGUUGUAAUUGGGCUGGUUUUGUCAUGUUACAUUAAACUUUAAAAUAUUCUAUCACCCACCCAAUAAGUAAUCUGUUGACAGUGUGUCAUAUUUGUUCGUGAUUGUAAGGUGAUAAUGGAGCCAGUUUCUAAUUUCGUCAAGGAAUCCGUACCGACUUAUUUAUCUAAUUUGCCAAUUCCCAAAACGUUUGAGGGCUGGUCCAAAUUGGAAGUUCGCGAUUGGACAACUCUAAUCCCUCUUGGUGCGUCGAUAGCAGCAGUAACGUUCCUAACCUACAAGGCUUUCGGGCCAGGCUCGAAGAAGACAAAUAUGAUCAAUCCUGAUAUAAGGAAAGAUCUGGCCAAAGUAGCAGAUGUUUUCGAUAUCGAGGAUAUUGGUGACAAAGUGAGCUUUUGUCGUUGUUGGCGGAGCAAAAAGUUUCCAUACUGUGAUGGCACACAUAACAAGGUCAACCAGGAAACUGGAGACAAUGUGGGUCCAGUCGUCCUUAAACAUAAGGAGUAAAACUAAGACUGAUGGUGUAGAUUGUUAUCUAGGUUGGCAGGCAGCUUUCUUUUGUUUGUUCCUUCCUGCAAUUUAGAAUGGUAUAAAAAUACUGAGUCCUUAACAGUGAAAGUGUCUUAAAUGUCAUUGGUGUAAUCAAUUAUAACAAUACUACUGGAUUUUAAUUGAAAAUUGUUGAAGUGCCAAUCUGAAUUUGUGCCUGAAUAUGUAACAAUAGAUGGGAACCUCAAGCAAAACAUGAAAUGUUACUGAAAUGCCUCUGCAUGUGUUGUUGUUGUAGUGUUUGAUUGUUUAGUAAACAGAUUAUUUCUUCACAUUGUUGUUGAUAUUUAAAAUGGUAUCUAGAAACAUUGUGGUUAAGAAUUGUGUGAUACAAUGUGCAAGGAAAACUGAGUUAACUACAGAGCACUUUGGUGCAGAAGGAUUUGUGUUAUAGGAGCUGAUAGGCCAGCACUUUGCCGUGCACAAAUUGCAUACUGUGAAUAAUAUUAAAUAAAACAAAUGGGAAUUCAGAUAA